CGAAUACAUACAUACUGCCAAGUCAUGCUUGCAUCGAGCGGCAAGUUGUCAAACGCAUGUCUCAACUUUGAUUGAACCCUGCAUCUGAAUCAGACUUCGGACGGUUAUCGAAAGGCAAAAAAAACAAUAAUUAAUACCUAACGCUACGGAGUAAAAACCCUGAGCUUCCAAGGCGGAGUCAGCUUGCGGCUACACACAACAACAGAACAGAUGGGCAGCACAACACAAGACCUGCCCUACUGGCAGGUGAACGUUCCCGAACACUUGAGAACUGCCGAGUGCCCCGACUUCCUCCGCAACAUCUCGGACAAGGACCGCGGCAUCAUCAGCACGCCAGACAGCGAAUAUCAACGUGACUCGUGGGCCGUGGUGCAACAGAAGGUGGCACAGAACCGGCUGGAGCUGUUCCAGAGAGUCCCGUCGGACCUCCGCCGAUACCUGGCCUAUACUUGGAAGCUCAGGCAGGACUAUGGCAGCGUCAUGAACUUUAUCCUCUCCGAGAGGCUCGGGUGGACGCUGCCCAUCACUCCGAGAGGUCGGCCCUUUGAGUUCGACGACGACGUAAAGGUGCUGAGGAAUGACUGGCCGUACGGCAUCGACGAGCGGAUAGUGCACCUCGUCGUGUGGACCAAGUUUGCGCUCGAGGAAGACCCGGAAACGGGCGACCUGACGGACGCGGCGCGCGCCGAGAUCGACGCCUACGUUCGCAAGAAAUUCUCCAGGAUGCGUCCGGAUCAUGUCAUCUGGUUCAAGAACUGGGCCUCCCUCAAGUCCGUAAAAUCGGUGGAGCAUUUCCACGUAAUGCUGUUUGACCCAGAUAUGGAGUUUGUCAACGAGAUCACGAACGGCGACGUCCCUCUGUGCGACAGGGAAUAACUCAUAUGUUUCCUGUCAUGUUCCCUUGCCGACCCAGGUCACGAGUUACUUCGAAACCCCCCGGGACUGAGAGGUUUAGACGGCAUGAUAAGAGUGUUUUUGUUCUGUUCUUCUCCUUACCCAGUUGGUUCAGGAUGUGCCUGCCUUUUUCUCCUUUAAACUAGACUCCCGCGUAGCUCUCACCUCGACAAUGGGGCAAUCCGCCAUGGGGACUGCCGUGGGCUUUUCCAUCCGGAUGCAGACCUGCCAGCCAUCCUCGUGCCAGCCUGAACUCAGGACGGUCUCUGCUAGAUGAGCACCCAGGGCUUCGAGGGUCUCAAAAGACGACUUUUCCAUGGCCUAAUUCGCUAGUGUCAGCGGACAUUCACUUGUAACAACGCAAUGU